AUGACUCCUAUGCAGAAGCUCCUGCAGCUGCCGGUGAACGCGGUGAACAUUGUGAAGACGGUCCAGAGCCAAGUCCAGUCUCAGGAGGAGGUCAAGAGCCCGGUUUUGACUCCUGAUGGUGGGCAGCAGACAUGGUACAGCGCCCUCCAGCCUGACGAGCUACGACACCUCCGCUCCGGAGGGGGAGGAGGAGGCGGAGGGAGCGCGGCAGGAGAUCAGGAGGACUGCGAUUCGUCAGAGGAAGGAGGUGCCAUAAGAAGUGCCCAAACCCAACCGUUGCGACACGAUGACCUGAAGGAGAUGCUGGACAGCAACAAGGACUCUCUGAAGCUGGAGGCCAUGAAGCGCAUCGUGGCUAUGAUAGCCAGAGGGAAGAAUGCAUCGGACCUCUUCCCGGCCGUGGUGAAGAACGUGGCUUGUAAGAACAUCGAGGUGAAGAAGCUGGUCUAUGUGUACUUGGUUCGAUAUGCUGAAGAGCAGCAGGACUUAGCGCUUCUCUCCAUUUCUACAUUCCAGCGAGGGUUAAAGGAUCCAAACCAGCUGAUCCGAGCCAGCGCUCUCCGCGUCCUCUCCAGUAUCCGGGUCACCAUCAUCGUCCCAAUAAUGAUGCUAGCCAUCAAAGAAGCAGCUUCAGAUAUGUCUCCAUAUGUCAGGAAGACCGCCGCCCACGCUAUUCCCAAACUCUACAGUUUGGAUCCGGAACAAAAAGAUCAACUGAUUGAGGUCAUCGAAAAACUGCUGGCUGACAAAACCACGCUGGUGGCAGGAAGUGUCGUCAUGGCAUUUGAGGAAGUGUGCCCUGAGCGCAUUGACCUGAUCCAUAAGAACUACAGGAAGUUGUGUAACCUGCUGAUCGAUGUGGAGGAGUGGGGUCAGGUCGUCAUCAUCAACAUGCUGACGCGUUACGCCCGUACGCAGUUCCUCAACCCCAACAUUAAUGAGUCUCUGCUGGAGGAGGGCGGAGGUGGAGAGAAGACGUUCUACGGCUCAGAUGAUGAAGAUGAAGACGAUGAGGAGGAGAAGGAGAAGAAGGCGGAGGCAGCUGCCAUUGUGAAGAGGAAGCCUUAUGUGAUGGACCCGGACCACCGGCUGCUGCUGAGGAACACCAAACCGCUGCUACAGAGCCGCAAUGCUGCCGUGGUGAUGGCAGUGGCCCAGCUUUACUUCCAUCUUGCCCCCAAAGCGGAGGUCGGGGUGAUUGCCAAGGCUCUGGUCCGCCUGCUCAGGAGCCACAGUGAAGUCCAGUACGUCGUUCUUCAAAAUGUUGCUACAAUGACCAUCAAGAGAAGGGGGAUGUUCGAACCGUACUUGAAGAGUUUCUACAUUCGCUCCACCGACCCAACGCAGAUCAAAGUCCUCAAGUUGGAGGUCCUGACCAACCUGGCGAAUGAGACCAACAUUUCCACCAUUUUGAGAGAGUUUCAGACAUACAUUAAGAGCAUGGAUAAAGACUUUGUGGCAGCCACCAUCCAGGCCAUCGGUCGCUGUGCCACCAACAUCGGCGAGGUGAGAGACACCUGUCUGAACGGCCUGGUCCAGCUGCUCUCCAACCGCGACGAACUGGUGGUGGCCGAGUCGGUGGUCGUCAUUAAGAAGCUGCUUCAGAUGCAGCCUGAGAAGCACAGCGACAUCAUCAAACACAUGGCCAAGCUCACCGACAACAUCCAGGUGCCGAUGGCUCGGGCCAGUAUUCUGUGGCUGAUUGGUGAAUAUUGUGAGCAUGUCCCAAAGAUCGCCCCGGACGUCCUGCGGAAGAUGGCCAAGUCCUUCACCAAUGAAGAAGACAUCGUCAAGCUGCAGAUCAUCAACCUGGCUGCCAAGCUUUAUCUCACCAACUCCAACAGGAGACGAAGUCGUGCUUGCCCGGCCGACGAGCCCGGCAGACAGAUGGCAGCACGGCACUCGCCCGGUGUCGUGACUGCCCUUGUGGUUCUCUGGGGUUAUCACGCUGCUCGAAAGAGUCACAACGUUGACGAGUGUGAGUCAGUUAGUGGUACAGAGCCCAACACCCACGGCCCCCACGCCUCCAGACCUCCACACCUCCAGACCUCUACACCCGCCUCCGUGCCCGAAUGGACAAAAUGCAGCAGCCGGGAGAAGAGGAAGGAGAAGAAGGUGGAGAAGCCGUUCUACUCGGACUCGGAAGGCGAGUCUGGACCCACGGAGUCGGCUGACAGUGAGUCGGACUCUGCCAGUGGCUUGGAGAGCGGCUUGGUGUCGGGGAGCGAGGAGAGCGAGGAGAGCGAGGAAGGCUCCGAGUCGGAGGAAGAGGAGGAGGAGGAGAGGAAGAAGAAAGAAUCCAAAAAGGCGGUGCAGGAAAGUGAAAGUGAGCAGAGCAGCGAGGAGGAGGAGGAGAGGAAGAAUGAAAGGAAGAGCAAAGGGAGAAAGAGCGACUCGGAGUCGGAGUCUGAGGAAGAGGAGGAGAGCGAGUCCGAGAGCAGCCAAUCGGAGGAAGAGUCGGAGGACUCGGAGUCGGAGGCCGAAGUCAAAAAGAAGAUAAAGACAACAGUGUCCAAACCUGCUCCCAAACCUGCCAAGAAGGACAGCAAGAAGGAGAAGAAAGAGAUGUCUCUGCUCGACCUCGAUGACUUUGAACCCACUCCAUCUCCUCAAGUGACGCCAGUCAACAACUUCCUGUCCAGCAGUCUGGUCACAGACCUGGAGGGUCUGUCUCUCACCGACACCGUCCUUUCCCCUGCUACCAUCACUCCGUCCAGCGCGUUGAAGACUUACGAGCUUCUGCACCGCAUCACGGGGGAGGGUCUGUCGGUGGAGUACUGCUUCAGCCGCCAGCCCUUCACCCCCGACGGCCACAUGGUGGCAGUACAGAUCCAGUUCACCAACAGCUCCGCCUCCGAGGCGAAAAGCCUCCACAUGGAGGACGCCCGGCUGCAGUCCGGCAUGAGGGUCAAAGAGUUCCCAGAGAUCGAGGUGCUGCCAGCGGGCGAAACGGCUUCGGUCGUGAUGGGGAUCGAUUUCUGUGAUUCGACACAAGCAGCAAACUUCCAGCUCUGCACUCACACCAGGAAGUUCUUUGUGUCGAUUCAGCCACCGGUUGGAGAGCUGAUGACCCCAGUCUUCAUGACAGAGAACGAAUUUAAGAAAGAGCAAGAGGCGCUCUUAAAGAACCAGGGUCAGCUGAUGGGCAUGAACGAGAUCAUGGAGAAGCUGACGCUGGCAGACAAAUGUCAGAAUGAACACGCCAUCGUCCAGAGGGUGACCGCUGCCGCCAACCUCAGCAGGGUGCCCUGCGGCUCGGAUAAGGAGUGCAGUCCUGCGGUUCCUCCUGCUGACCUUCCUGUCCACAGGUUCGCUGGGCGGACAGUCACCAGCGGCAGCUUGGUUCUGGUGACGGUGGCGACCAGAGAGGAGGGUGCCGCCCAGCUUACGGUGAACUGUGAGAAGAUGCUGAUCGGCACCAUGCUGGUGAAGGAUGUCCUCCUGGCCCUGACGCAGUGACGCCUCACCAUGUGACCUCUCACCUCUGCCCUCCACCCCGCCUGGCUCACACGUCUGUCUCCACGCUUAGGAAAAAAACGAAACAGGCUUUUCUGUCUCUCUGGAAGCUUUGUCAGUGUGAGAAUCUCUCGAGAAUUCACUUUCUAAUGCUUUAUUCUGUUUCAAGGCCACUGCUUUUAGAAAUCACCUCCAGAAACUGUCGUUAAAAACAAACAAACGGCCGAAUGUCAGAGCUGUACGCCAUUUGUAUGACAAUCAGACAAGAGCUGUGUUGGACUGAUGGUUGUUAAAGCAAAAGCUGUUAAUGAACAUUAGCUGCAGUUUUUUUUUGGUUUUAAGUGGCUUGAUAAAGACUGGGGGCUGGUGGUCAUUGAGGUGUUUCAGUUAAAUGAGAAUGAAGUCUACAGACAGAGAAAACAGGGUUGAGAUUACAAUGGCAACAUCUGGUUUGAUCCCUUCACACACUGAGAACAAACAUACGCAUCAGGUCCCAGGGUUCAGAAUUAAAAGCUGCAAUCAGUAAAAAGUUGCUCUAGGGAACAUCAGUGACCAGUAGGAAGUCCAAUAAUUGGACUAACGUUCUUUCGAGCGACGGUGGCCCACAAGUGACACAACUAAUGCUCAGAUGGUCUCACAGUUACCCCAGCUAGCCAACACAGCUAGCCAACAUAGAAACCCCACAGAAAUGUAGAGGGAAGCGGGGCCAUGUUAUAACUUACCAUGCAUGGCUAUAUGUUGAUGACACUGCUGCUUACUUGUCAUAUUGUAGUACAGCCAGACUGGCAUUGGUUUUUAUCCCUUUAUGUUCACAAAACUUUUGCCCCCUCAAAAUUGAAAAUGACAUUUAUUGUGCUGUUGGAGUAACAGUUGUCAUGUCAUAUUUUUGCAAGAUGAAAAGACGUUAAUGCUUUAGAGUUGUGUUGUGAUGCUGGUUCCUUCAUAUUGGAAAGCUGAGACGUGUAAUGAGAUAAAUGUCGCUAGAUGUCUAAUAAUGUGACUAAAUAUCAGUAAAAUGAACAUUAGAACAUAACAAAAGAACACAGUUUUGUGGAAGGACAUUAGCUUGCUAAAGAAUUGGGCGCCCCCUACUGGUUAAUGUACCAAAGUAAAGAUUCUGGGCCAGAACGCAGGUAAAGUCUGGUUAACCUUUUAAAGCUGUUGUUUUAUCAACAACUCUGUUCAACCCCCCCCCCCCCCCCCGAUACAGGCUGGUCAUUUUUUGCUAUGAUUAAGUCAACAUUUUACUGAUUGCACUUUUAAUGGCAAUGUCCUGAAUGUGUUAUCCUCUGUUCCCAGAAUGCAAGUGUCUGUUUCAUCUGUCGUUGGUUAGAUUUACAGUUUAACUUCAGUGCGUAGCUUCUGUUGAAUGAGGCGUUUAUGAAUAAGUGGGAAACGCAUAACUGUUACUGUAUGUAUUACAAAUUCUCAUCUGUAAUACAGCAUAGGGUGUGUGUGUGUGUGUGUGUGUGUGUGUGUGAGAUUAUACACUGGCAUGACAUGUGGUCAGUCAUUAAAGUAAAUAAUGAUUCCAGUUGGGAGUUGUUUCUCCCAACCCUCACCUUUCACCUCUGAACGGAUGGUACUCUGUAUGACUUCAUCAAAGGUCCUGCCAGUCUAUCAAACUAAUCGUUAACAUUUUCAGCCAACAUUUAACUCAUUUAAGAUGUUCUUAAUGACCCCCGUGGGUCCAGACAGACUCCUGCCUGCCCGGACAGCACAUGACACUGGACCCCAAAUCCUGCUGCUCCUUAUUUAUUAUUUAUUUAGUGCACCGUCACCACGCCUGUCUGAAGGGGCUCCUACAGAAUGAGGCUGGGGCCCCAUGAAAGCCCCCCACCCCCACUAAAGCUUAACAUUUGGUGUCAUGUGACCUCGUCCUCAUCUUUACGCCGUAGCAACUUGGUUGGGACUGGUUAGGACAGACGGUGGCCGUUGAGAGUUAAAAUGCUGUCGGUCAAGAUUCUUUUCAUGCCUUUCAGAAGAAGGUGAUGUUUUCAGCUCGCAGGAUCAGCGUUACAGGAGACUAACCCUCUGCAACUGUUGUGUUGUGUAUGUCUUAUCGUAAGUCCUUAUUUCUCUGUUCAUUUAUUUAUUGUUUCUCAGCUGUUGGAAAACUGAAUGGAGAUGUGUGACCGCUUGUCAGGGUCGUUUUUUCUUCUGGUUGUGUUUUGUUUCAUUAAAGUCUUAGUAAGAAGGCGACGAGCGCUUCGUUAAUCUGGUGAAAACUGGUUCCACAAAUCAUAGUCCAUAACAUGAGCAUUACAGAUCAGUUCGGCAGUGGAUGUAUCAAUACCGGCUUUCUCUUUCAGGCGUUAUCAUAUCUGCUGUGUGGUUGUGAAAUGUGGUCCUGAAAUAUUACAACUUUAUUUAUUAUACAAAUAAAGAUAUUAAGAUG